CGUGUCCACACUAUCGAGCAUGCUCAACGGGCAAACAGUGAUACCAGAUCACAAUAGGUAGUGAGAAUGAGGGUUGAUGACGUCAGAAGCAGGAAAACCACAGGCAGGGAUCUGGCAACAAACAGUGCUACCAGAUGUAGUUUAGCCCACAAUAUCUACUCCUUCACCGGGCAAAGACUGGCGGGCAAAGUUGUAAACUGAUGAGUGGUGUCAAAUACAGGUUCAUGGUUCAGUUUCACUCUGACCCUGCUGAAGAGUGGGGUGCGGGACCUGUCUCGCUUUGCCGAACACCGUCGAGAGGAAGAAAAUAGCCUUGUGUGGGAUAAUUCUUGGCGUGUGUAUGAAAAAGCAAAAACAAGCCAGAGCUCAGAGGCGUGUGUGGUGCAAGGACUGGUUGAGGAGAAGAGGAGAGUUGGGAAGUCAUGCAACUAUAUAUCGCGAACUCCACGACAAUCCUGAAGAUGGUUUUAUCCAGUAUAUAAGUAUGGAUGUAAAUAGUUUCCACACACUCCUUGCAAAAGUGGAACCAUACAUAACAAAACAAGAUACCCACUUCAGGCAGAGCAUAUGUGCAGAGGCUCGUCUGGAAGCAACCCUCAGGUUCUUAGCAUCUGGAUGUUCAUACACAGCGCUGCAGUACUCCACCAGGAUAUCCAAGCAGAGUUUGUCUCUCAUCAUACCGGAAACAUGCCAAGCAAUAUACACAGCUCUCAGAGAUGAUUACUUGAAGACACCUGCAACGCCAGAGGAGUGGAUGAAUGUGGCACAUGGCUUUCAGAGAAGAUGGAAUUUCCCAAACUGUUUGGGAGCUAUUGACGGGAAGCAUGUGUCGAUAAGACCUCCACGUGAUAGCGGUUCAUAUUUUUACAACUACAAAGGCAACCACAGCAUUGUACUUCUUGCCAUAUGUGACGCAAAUUGUGAAUUUAUAUAUGUGGACAUAGGCACAAAUGGUAGAGUAUCAGAUGGUGGUGUGUGGGACAAGUGUUCUUUCAGUAGUCUCAUUACAAAUAAUACUGCUGGUUUGCCAGAAGAUGCAAUGGUUAGAAGUAGUAGUCUGCCAUUUCCAUAUGUUUUUGUGGCAGAUGAUGCAUUUCCAUUGCACCGACACAUUAUGAAAUGUUUUCCACAUAGGAGUCAGGAUACAAGAGAGCGCAUUUUCUCAUACCGGCUCUCCAGGGCAAGGCGAACCGUGGAAAAUGCAUUUGGUAUUUUGGCCAAUAGAUUUCGUGUGUUUCUCUCACCAAUUGAUCUACCUCCAUCAAAGAUUGAAUUUAUUGUUUUAGCAUGCACCUCUUUGCAUAACUUUCUGAUAAGAGACCAUGUGAGACACUACACGCCUGAAGGAUCUUUAGAUGUUGAAGAUCUGUCAGUAGGACAAAUUAUUCCUGGAACAUGGCGACAAACUUCUGAGUUACCAGGAACACAGAGAGUAAUCUGUAAUGACAUGGCUGAUGCUAAGAGUGUGCGUGAACAGUUUAUGGAGUACUUUAAUGGUGGAGGGGCAGUGUCAUGGCAAAACUUGUACAUAGGUGAAGAGGGUUAAUUGUGCUAAAUGUCUAUAUACCUAGGUAUAUAUCAUGUUGAGUAUUGUCUCUGAAUGUAAUACUUAUUGAACUUUGUAUUCAUGUACAUAUGUGCACAUUUGAAACAAAAGACUUUGCUUUCUUUAUGUAAAAACAGCAAAAUUAUCAAGUAUAAUUAUUAUUGUUAUUUCUCAUAAUGAAA